CCGUGACCUUCACGUUUCAGGUAAUUUGUGAGGUUAAAAUUCUGAAUUCUACUUAAUUUAUCCCUGUUGUUAAUAAAAUAAAAUGUCUACGACGAUUCAGUAUGUCGUCGUAAGGGGUGAUCUAUUGAAAUCGAUGGGAUGGCCUGUAGGGGCUGUGAUAGCGCAAGCAUGUCACGCAUGUACCGCCGUUAUUCACCUCUACUACAAUGAUUCCGAUACACAGAAGUAUUUAGACGACCUAGAUAACAUGCACAAAGUAGUGUUGGAAGCAACAGAUGAAAAUAGUUUGAAUUCUUUACAUAACAGUUUAGAAGAAAAUGAAAUCAAACAUAAGCUUUGGAUCGAACAACCCGAGAAUGUACCCACUUGUCUUGUUACGAAGCCGUACCCAAAAGAAACUGUACAGAAAUAUUUUAAAAAGUUUAAAUUAUUCAAGCAGUGACAACAUAGCAAACGAUGAAUAUUCGAAACCGAAUAAUUAUUUACGAUAACUCUGUACAGGGAGACGCAUUUGCAGAUUUGUGCAAUCGCGCUGCAAUUCAUGAGGUAAUUAACACUUUUUAUGCAUUUAUUUUUAACACAUUUACACAAAAUAUGAAAAAUAAAAAUGGCGUAGCGUAGGAAAUAUACACAGAAGAUGUAUUACCAUAUAUGUUAAUAUUGACAUGUGUACACGUUAUGUAUUUAUUAAAAAAUUUGCGAUAUAA